UUCUAACAAAUAUAACAGUUGAAAAGUAUCCGCUACGAGAUAAAUAUCACCAUGAAAGUAGCAAUUCUUUUAGUGUUUGCAUUUAUUGCGGUUGUCUCGUCAGUACCUUUGGGACCUGAUGAGAUACAUCCCAAUGGCCAAGAAGAUGCUCCUCAUGAUGAAUUGGCACCUUUAAACAGAAUAAGAAGGCAACAAGGAGAUUAUAUCAAAGCAGGUGCAGUUCACUCUUCGAAAUAUGGAGGUGGAGGAGAAAUUGUAGCUAACAAAAAUUUAGCCAGUUCGAAACACCACAGCGUUGAUGCCCAAACUAAAUACAGGCAGUAUGGUAACCACAGAGAAGGAUGGGCUGGAAUAAAUUAUUCGGUGAGAUGGUGAAGCCACAGAAGGAACUAUUCACAGGAAUAUGAUGGAUUACUAAUUAAUUUCGCUUGGAAGUCUAUAAUGCCAUACUCAUCUUGUACAUAAGAACAAAUGGAUAAAAAGUCCUAAUAAAUUAUUGAAAAAAUGAUAAUGAAUAGUUAUUGAUAUAAUUAGAAUAAAUAAUUCUAUGUAUUA